GUUUAUAACUAAGUGUUAUAUAACGAUUUCAAAUCUAACGGGUGCUUUUAACCGCUACCGACGACGCGACAGCGCCCCUCUUCCUCUUCCUCCUCCGUUGCCCCGGUAACGCACAGAGAGCGUCUGUGACGGAAUGGAGAGGAAGAUGGAGGGGAGCACCGUCAGAGACGUCGACACUGGAGGAGAAACAGGAGGAGAAGACGUCUUGGUGGGGAAUGUCAACAAGCUGAUGGUGAGCCCACCAGGUUACUCCGGACCUCAGCGAAAAGGUCAUCUAAUCUUUGACGCCUGCUUUGAGAGUGGGAACCUUGGCCGUGUUGACUACAUCAGUGAGUUUGAGUUUGACCUCUUCAUUAGACCCGACACCUGCAACCCACGCUUCAGAGUGUGGUUCAACUUCACAGUGGAGAACGUCCGUGAAACACAGAGAGUCAUUUUCAACGUGGUCAAUUUCUCCAAGACCAAGAGCCUGUACCGAGAUGGCAUGUCUCCCGUGGUGAAGUCCACCAGCAGGCCAAAAUGGCAGAGGCUCCCGGCCAAAAAUGUCUACUACUACCGCUGUCCCGACCACCGGCGCAACUACGUCAUGUCCUUCGCCUUCUGCUUCGACCGGGAGGAAGAUGUGUACCAGUUCUCUUACUGCUAUCCCUACACCUACUCCAGACUUCAGCAUUACCUGGCCAGCCUGGAACGCAGAAACCUUAGCUACCUGCAGAGGGAGCAACUGGGACUUAGUGUGCAACAACGGCGUCUUGACCUGCUAACCAUCACCAACCCAGACCACCUGAGUGCAGAUAAGGAGAAAAAGCUGGUCUUCCUCACAGCCCGUGUUCACCCUGGAGAGUCUCCUGCCUCCUUUAUCUGUCAAGGUGUGAUUGACUUUCUGGUGAGCCAGCAUCCUGUGGCUCAGAUUCUGAGAGACCAUGUGAUCUUCAAGAUUGUGCCCAUGCUAAAUCCUGAUGGGGUCUACUUGGGCAACUACAGGUGUUCUCUGAUGGGUUUUGACUUGAAUCGGCACUGGCAGGAUCCUUCUCCGUGGGCCCAUCCAACGCUUCAUGCUGUCAAACAACUUAUAGUACAGAUGAACCAAGACCCAAGGGUGAGUUUGGAGUUUUACAUUGAUGUCCAUGCCCACUCCACCAUGCUGAAUGGCUUCAUGUAUGGCAAUGUGUUCGAGGAUGAGGAGCGUGUCCAAAGACAGGCUGUCUUCCCCAGGCUGCUCUGCCAAAAUGCCCCAGACUUCUCCUUUUCUAACACAUCCUUUAACCGGGAUGUGGUGAAGGCUGGCACUGGCAGACGUUUCCUCGGCGGUCUCCUUGAUGACACGUCCUACUGCUACACUCUGGAGGUGUCUUUCUACAGCUACAUGACAGCUGGCAGCAACGCGCCCGUACCUUACACUGAGGAGACCUACAUGAAACUGGGCCGAAAUGUGGCUCGUACAUUUCUGGAUUAUUACAAGCUCAACAACCUCAUCAAGGACAAGAGGCCCACUCACAUCCCAAGUUCUGAGGUGACGUCCCAGACAGGCAAUGCAAAGGGCAGUGGCAUUGACAGGGACGCUGGAGACAGAGAGAGAGGGAACAACCAGGGUGUCAGGCAAUAGGCAGACGGACGGACGGACACACACACUGAACAUGUAUAAAAUGCAGAGCACCAUGACAAGAGGAUCCUUCACACUUCAUUGCUCUUAGAAUCUUCACAUCUCCUUGGCAAUAAAGACUUAUAGUCACACAUUCGUAACGGUGCGCUGACUGGUUCCUGCGGGACUGGAAACAGGAUAAGUGUCCUUCUGAGUUGUUAAGUGACAAUUAAAUGAAUUACUGGCCACCGUGAGGCUGUGGACUAUAGUUCCUCAUCCAUUUAAAAGGAUUGAUGAGAAAAGAGAAAGAGUAUUUAACAAACUUUGCAGAAAAUAAACGUUACAGUUAUUGGGUUGGUUUCCCUAUCAAUGCAGUUUGCCAUAAAACAGUUAUCUCAUGGACAAUUAAUCAUCAAAAUAGAAUUGUUGCUGCACUGUUUUAGGUGCACAAGCUAAGAUGUUUCCCAGUUUCAUUUCAGGUUUGGUACAGUUGUGAAAUGUGUGAGAAAAAGAAAAUUACAAUUCAAUGUCAUUUAUCAAAAAAAACUUGUCAUCAUUUUCAUAAAUGUUCAUUUAAAUGUCCACAAGAUUUUUUCCGUUGCAGUUAUCACAAAUUUAGUUUUCCAUGAUGACCAUUGAAUGCUAUGACUGGCCUUUAGAGUGUGAAAUAUUAGUGAUGACUAUGAAUAAAUUCAUGCAUGCUGCAGUAUGUUUCUGUUAGUGAUCUGUUUUUUUUCAACCAUCAACAAAAUAUUUUGUUGUUGAUUAGACUACAAUCGAAUUGUAUUAAAGUAUUCUUAAAAUGUGAGUAUGACAUUGUAUAUUUCUUCAUUAAGGAAUAAUAUCUGCCAAAAAUAGGAUUUAAAAUUGUUUUGUUUUUUUUAUUUAUUUUUUGUAAAAUGCCAUUUUAAGGGGGCAACUGACCAGGUAGGUACUGGUGUUUCAUCAGUAAUCAAAUGUGAUCAUAAAUGCAUGUGUCAGCCUUGUCAAAGGAAAUCAGACAUCACAACAGACACUAUUGGUAGGAAAUUGUCAGAAGUAACAGAAAGUAUAACAGAAGACUUGUUCUUUAGCUAUCAGUUACUGUGGAUUUAAAAAUAUAUUUUAUUUUUUACCAGGUUUACUGCCUUAAUUCUGUAAAUAGAACAAUAUACAGCACCAUCCAGUGGUGGGUGUAAAGUCAACGUGCAAUGAAACAUCUGCCGUGAAUGCAUUUAAUAAAUAAACAUACAGUAGAAUCAUAGGUCCGUAAACAAAUGUUGUUUUU